AUGUCUCAGAUCACCCCCACUGACCAACAAACCCUUCCUCCUCGAUUUCCCCCCUACCUCGCUGAACCACCAGUGAUCACUGAAGCACAAUGGGUGUACUGCCUUGCCCUUACUCGCGAACAAACCAACAUUGUAGAUGCCACCAAUCUGAUGUCAGAUAGGCGCGCCUACUUUUAUCUAUUCCACCAGUCUAACACUACUUGCCCUAAUGCUACCUACCCCUUGGAUACAUUCUAUUGCUGGCAACACUCGCUCCUUGUUGCCGGUGAACUACAUGCAGUCACUGUCUCACUGGGUUUGUUAGUAGAAGAGCUUACAUGGGACAACAAUUCCAUCUUGAAUAGAAUCCCUGGAAUGAUGCUUGAGGAAGAACUGCGAGAAUGGAGAGAGAGAAGCGGUCAAAGCCUUCCUACAUUUAGGGUGCCAGACAACAGGACAUCCAUUUCCAGGGCACCACCACCCUCACUCACCGCCGCUGCCUCCACCAGCAUCUCGCCCAUCAUUGCCAGAUCUUAUUCUACCUGCGCCCGCUCCACCAUCCCAAGCACAUUCCUCCAUAACCAACUCCAUAGUCCCAGUAGCCAACGCAGUAGAAGAAUUGCAGGACAUAUUGAUUCCUAUAUGACCAGUGAUGCCCCUCCCCCAACUCCCUCAACCCCGUCACAACCGCCGACUACGCUGCCAGCGCCCCGAGCUGGUACUCCUUAUCCCUUCAGAUUGCACUCCCCACAUGCAGCGCACAAAUCAGAAGCCAACCCCCAUGUCGAGCAACGGCUCAUCUCCGGAUGGAAGGUUGUUGAGGACCAAUGA